AUGGAGCAGUGCAAAAUUGAUGCCAGCAUGCUGCCCGAAUAUAUCAUAUUUGGUCUUCUCGUGAUAUCUAACCUGGGCCUAGGCCUUUACUUUGCUUUCUCAAAACGCCGCGGGAAGACCUCGUUGGAUGAAAUAUUCCUAGCCAACAGGCAAAUUAGGACGGCGCCUCUAGCACUGUCCGUGCUCGCGUCCACCAUGUCGGCAUCGGGGAUUGUCGGCUCGACGGCUCACUACUAUGCCUAUGGAUUCCACUUCAUUUGGUCCGUCGGGGCGAAGCUGCUCGUGCUCCCGAUUGCGAUGUACGUCGUAGUGCCGCUACUGUAUGGCCUCAAGAUGACGUCCAUCUUCGAGUAUCUGCGAAUGCGGUACGGAAACAAGACUGGUCUCGGUGUCUGUUGUCUGUAUAUGUUCCUAAGCCAAUCUUUAGGUGCUGCGGCCUUGUACUCAGCAUCUGUGGCAGUAUCCACAGCCUUUUCAGUUCCGAUUAUCUGGGUUACUCUGACGAUGGGCUUUGUUGGAACUUUAUACACGGCAUUGGGUGGUCUCCGUGCGGUCGUAUGGACCGAUUGCGUGCAGGCUCUGGCUAUGCUGCUGUGUCCUCUGACGGUGAUCAGCAAAGUCAUCUACGACGCCCACCAGCCAAGAUUCAGACUUCGUCCUUUCAAUGAACUGAAUUUGAAGGACUAUAUACUCAGAACCAAUUUAAGCCUUACGGAAGAUGAGAAUGUUUGGGCCUGUUUGAUUGGGCUGAUGGCGAGUGGCUUGAACCGUGAGGGGCUGGAUCAGAUGAUGGUACAGCGGUACAUGGCUGCAAGGACGCCCAUCGAGGCACGAAGGACAGCGCUUUUCGGAACAGCGUUGACUUUGAUCUACAUGGUGCUUAUGAGUCUGAUGGCACUGGCACUUCUUUACUGGUACCACGACUGCGAUCCCUUGAUGACAGGGCAUAUUUCCAAGUUAGAUCAGAUACUACCGUAUUAUGUCCACAAAGAACUAAAGAUUUUCCCAAGCUUUACGGCUCUUUUUCUAGCGGGCGUGGUGAGCUCGACACUGAGCACAAUUUCAUCCGCAAUCAACACCCAGGUUGCAGUUUGCUUUGUUGACGGAGUGAUGCCAUUCUUCAACGUAAAAGACGUUCUGGCAGUAAAACUCACAAAAUGCAUCGCCCACGAGGAGGACAACAAAAGGCGCAAAGUCAUCCUCGCCGGGGCUGCGGUCCUGCAAAGCUAG